AUGUAAACAAUAACUUUUAGUCCUGCUUGAAUGAACGAUAGCUGGAGGUUUUGAGUGAAUUUUGUCUUACAAACUACCCAUUUCUUCGAUAUUUCUUCUCCACCCACGAUUUGCAUUGGUGUGUGUGUGUGUGUGUGGAUGUGUACGUGAACACGCGAAGGACACUUGCUAGCAAAACGACCGUCCUUCAUGAAGGAAAAAUGAACACUUGCUACGAUUAGGUUCACACAGGAUCUUGCCAGAUUUGUAUGAACAAAUGUAUUAAAAAGGGAAAUAGUAUAGCAAAGAAUAAGGUUCGAUUGCGUCGCCCGAAACAUUUAGCGUGAGACAGCUCCAGCUACCAGUUGAAUCCACCUCGCACGUUGUGCGCAACGAUUAGCCAUCCAAAAGCCGACAUAAAAAUGAAACGAAAUCACUGGGGGAAGAUGGUGGACUGUUCCGAUACCCGUAAGGAGCUGGAAGCCACCGAUCUUGUGCUCACCAUGAGCAAGAUGGACAAAUUUCAGCAGAUCAAGCUUCCGUACACCAUCACCAGAGAGAAGCGUGUCCCGCUCAAAAAUCCACUCGUCACGCAAACGGUCGAGGUGAUGAAGCAAACCGAAAUGAUCCAAACGCUCAUCGACACGUACUCGACCAAGUCCGGCUGCAACUACAUCCUGAACCCGUGUCAGCUAAUGCCCACCGUACACUUCCCGGCCAGCAAUGUGGUCGAUCUGACGCGGAUGGAGAAAAUUAAGCGCCCGUUCUGGUUCGUGCUGCCCGACGAAACCCCGUUCACCCGGGGGGAACCGAAAAACUUUGUCAAACUCUCGAAACCGGUCGUGCUGCAGGCACUGCGUAAGGCGGCGUGCGGUCUUCUCUGCAUGGAGGGUUUCUCCGAAAUUAACGAAUCCGCCCUCAUCAUGAUCGUGGACGGAUUGGAUCAGUAUCUGCGGUUGCUCACGAGCGCCCUCCGUACCGCGUACACGGAGCAGGACGAAGAAAUCGGUCCCGUGCCGACGCUGGUAAUGGUGGAACGGAUGUAUCAAAGUAUCGGGCGCAGUCCGGUGUACCACCUGCACAACUACUACAAAAAGCUGGUGAACAAAAAUCGGGACGAGGUGCGAGAGUUUAAGGAGCUCUACCAGGAGUACGAUCGGUUGCUGCAGGAGAACCAGCUGUCGGUGCAGAACAUGCAGAGGCUGGGCGAUCUGAAGGAGGAGGACUACAUGAACUUUCUCGACCAGCAGUCCCACUCGUCGAACGGGACGACGAUCGAAGGGACGGCAAUGAACAUCAUUAACUUUAUCAAUGGCGAAACGGUGAAUGGGUUCAAGGAUAUCCUCGAGGGUGAACUGUUGGAGAGCAGCAGCACACAGGAUUCGUCGGACCAGAUGACCAGCAAUCAGCAGUUUUAUCAGGCAGAUUCUUCCUCGCAAGGUUAUGCACCGGGUGCACCUAUGUAGCAGUGCGCCGAAGAUCCACCGGUGCACCGUUUCUCAUUUUAGCUAACGUGCCUGUACCGUGGACAGUGAUUGUGAUGGGGGUUUUGGACAUGCGAACGCUAGUGAACCCUUCUUCUUGUUCGCUUAACGACCUCUCAAGGGGCUAUUUUUGACUUGCUAGACCUAUUGAUACCGAGUUAACAACCUGCGUUGUCUACACAGCAUUUCCUAGUGUUGUCAACCGCCUCCGGCCCGAUUGCACACGAUCAGCAAACAGCGUUCAGCGAUCGGCAAACCGUGUUGAUCGUCUGACCUAGUUACCGAUUACAAAACAUGCAAUAGCCGAAUCAGCAAUAGUCAUCAAGAAUCGUCAAUACCUUUCCCUUCCCCAUCCAAUUCCCAAUAAUCAACUUGUAUGUAAAACAAACUUAAUUAACUCACUCCGAUUUUGACCGCAGAAUAAGUAAGUCUCGAUUUCCUUCGUCUGUGUCCGAAGUCUAUAGUUUUAACUAUCGCAUAGCUACACUAUGGGACGAACGGCCCAGAUCGGAUUUGAACCCCGGUCCUGUCGUGUGAAGACUGCUAAAAAAAGUAGAAAAAUAAUUUAUAAUUUACAUUACAAACAAAACAAAAUCAACGCAACAUCGUAUUCACUUCAGUAAUAUUAAUAAGCGUUUAAUUAGUUUCUGAAUAAAUGGUACCGCGUUUAUGCUAUUUA